CGGACUACUCACCCAUAAUGUCAAGAUUAGAGGAUCCGUCCAUGAGGAAUGGGUGGAAGAAGUAGAGGCAUGCCCAGAUGAAUUUGACACAAAUCAAUUUGCUACCCAGACAUGUUUUCAAGGCGCUUUGGUGCAGAAACCGUCACUGAUCAGUUUGGCUCACAGAUCAUGUUCUUUGCCAAGGAGCAGGACACCCAUCUGGUUCGAGGUCGUUUUGAAUAUGUGGAGGUGACCCAUGCUGGUCAGGCUUUCCGUCUUGGUCGCUACCCGAUCCAUUACCACAUGAACGGCAACAUCACUGGGUCAUACGUGAGAGGAUGUGGUAUUCAUCACACCUUUAACAGGGCCGUUACUAUUCAUGGUGUCCACCAUCUCCUAGUGGAACACAAUGUAGCCUUCAAUGUGAUGGGUCAUGCCUUCUUCCUGGAGGAUGGAAUAGAAACCAAGAACAUCAUCCAGUACAACCUUGCCGUCUUUGUCCGACCAAGCAGCAGUUUACUGAAUGUGGAUGUGACUCCUGCCUCCUUCUGGGUGACAAACCCUGAUAACUACAUCCGUCACAAUGCCGCAGCUGGUGGUAGCCAUUUUGGAUUCUGGUACAACAUGCCCUCCCAUCCUGGAGGACCAUCCUUCACAACAUCUGUCUGUCCACAGAAUGUCCAGGUCCUAGAGUUUUACAACAACACAGCUCACACCAUGGGAUGGUACGGUAUUUGGAUCUUCCCAACAUAUUUCCCUACGACUGAUGGCAGCUGUGGUGGUACUGCUGGUCACACUGAAUUCCACAACCUCACAGCAUGGCGUACCGAACGUGGAGCAGAAGGUGUACUUGUUGGACCUAUUCAGUUCCAUAAUUUCCUCAUGACAGACAAUGAGGUUUCAGGAAUCGAGUUCCAAACCGUUGGGAGUGUUUGGGGAGAUGAUGGUCCAAUGGUCAAGGACUCUGUUAUUAUAGGAUACACACCUGAACUUGCUGAAGGCCAAGCGGCGGAUCGAUGCACAUCAGCUGGAAUCCACUUACCAAAGUCCAAGUUUCUCACAGUGGAUGGGGUGAAAUUCAUUAACUUUGAUGAAGACAGAUGUGUUACACUAAGAGCAUGUGCUCAUUGUAAGCCCAGACAGGGAGGCUUCCAACAUCGCUUCAAGAACCUCAUCUUUACUGAUUCUCCAAACAAGGCUGCCUUCCAGUGGGAACACGAGACUUGGUUUGAAGAUAUGGAUGGAACCCUGACUGGGAAUGCUGAUUACAUUGUUACUCCUAAAAACAACGGUCUACCACCCGAUAAUUGUGACUUUGAUGUGGAUGGCUUCAAUAAGGGUGUUGAUGGGGCAGUUUGUGAUGAGUCUGUCAAAUUGCAUAGAAUGGCCUUUAAUCAAGCAUUCCCUACAUCUCUGAAUUACAAGAACACUAUUAUGACCAACAGUCAUGGUACAACUGUUAUUCCUUACAAGAAGAAGAGACUCACUCAUCCAACUGGAUGGAUGUUGACCCUGGUGGAAACAGAGACAUACAACUUUUAUUUUGAGAAUGUUGAUCAUGUCACCAACAUCUCUUACUCGGCCAGGUUUGAUGAGUUCAGUGAUGGGGACUAUGUUAUCAUGAACCACAAUUUCACCCAGAGUCCAGAUGCCUUUGCUCUAACAGGACAGGUGACAGAGAAUGUUGGACGUCCUCUGGAUUACGUGGAAGACGAAAAUGCGGAAUGGUACUUCAACAACGAGACCAACAAUCUGUUCUAUCUCAUUUCUGGAAAGGGUCAGAACUCACCAGUGAGUCGGUCAGUGAACCUUGAUGUUUACCGCUGCUACUACAAGGAUUGCAUCCCACCUGUCCCAGAGGCUCCACCUGCACCUCCUGAUGGCAGACCUAAUAGCACUCUCUACUGGAGUGAUGCAGCAGCUUGGGAAGAUGUCACUGAGGGAUGGGGUGGUAACACAGGAUCAGGCAGCAGUGUCCCAGAGAAUGGUGACAAUGUCAUGAUCUACCCAGGACGAUGGAUUGUGGCCAAUGACACCCUGCGGAUGCACAAGCUCUUCAUCUAUGGUACCCUGGAGAUUGAUGACUCCAAAGACAUGGUAAUCAAUGCUACCUACAUCCUGAUCCAAGGUGGACGUCUUAUCGCAGGAUUCAACGAAACACGACCUUUCACCCAUGAGCUCCGUAUCAUUCUAAAUGGUCAUCAUUUUACCCAGGACAUCCCUCUUCCUAAUGGACCCAACCUUGGAUCCAAGGCUCUUGGUGUCUUUGGAACCCUAGACCUCCAUGGUGUUCCGCGGGACGUGACAUGGACCCACCUUGCCUCAACAGUUGAGGCAGGGGACAGCGAAUUUACUGUGGCAGUCGAUACUGAUUGGCGCGUGGGUGAUGAGAUCGUAGUGACAACAACAUCCUAUGAGCAAUGGCACACAGAAACCUUCAGAAUCUCCUCUAAGACGAAUGCCAGGACUUUCAGUGUCAAUGGAACAUUUGCUCAUAUGCAUACAGUGGAGUCAGCUGAGAUCAACGGCAAGGCCUACACCAUCGCUGCCGAGGUGGGUCUUCUGACACGCAACAUCGUCAUCGAGGGAAAUGAUUACGAUCUGCUUUUUGAUGAAUCUUUCGGUGCAAGGACAAUCGUUGGCUCGUUCAUCCAAGAUGGAGAAUUCUAUAGAGGCUCGGGUCACUUUGCCAACAUAGAAUUCAAGCUGACCGGUCAAGAAGGAUGGACAGACUUCUACGAUCCUCGCUAUUCUUUGGCCUUCUUGGACAUUGGUGAUGUCCUGGAGGAUCCUGUACCCUCAUACGUCCAUAGCUGUACCUUCCACAAUGGGUUCAGCCUUGCCAUUGGUGUCUUUGGAACAGACAAUAUUGAAAUCGACAACAAUGUCAUUCACCAUUCUGUUGGUGCAGGUAUCAAGACAUAUGGAACCAACACCAUGAUCACCAACAACCUGGUGAGCUUGAUGGUGUUCCCAGGAACAUACCAAGACAGAUUCGAACCAGAGAAUAUUGACUGGAUGGGUGGUAUUGAUGUUGUCGAGGCAACAAAUCCAAUCCUCAUAAACAACACAGUGGCCGGGUCUGAACGGGUUGGUUUCAACAUCAAAGGAGAGCUAUGCAGUGACCCUAACGUCUGGUCCAACAAUGUGGCUCAUUCCAACUACCAUGGUGUGCACAUUCUCAAGACAGGACGUGACCCUUGCACGAAGGUCAACGAUUUCUUCAGCUACCGUAACCUUGAUUACGGACUCUAUGCCCUCACUCCCUCUACCCUCGAGGUCACUGAAUCUAUUUUCGUUGAUAACACAGCCGGGAUGUUGGUCCAUGACUACGGACCAUCUGCUUUGUCUCAUGUACGUGCUGAUAAGCAUGUUCUAUUGAAGGACUCACUCGUUGUUGGAUACAGUGACAGUUUUGAUUGUGAUGUUGAUAAGGUUACUCCUGAAGGGGCAGCACAGAGUAGCAAACAGCGGGCUACCAAAUCACCCAACGGUGGAGCAGUCGGUGUGUACUUCACGUCUUUCAAGGGCUCCUCAGGAGGUGCUCCAUUCAAACCUUUUACUUCUGUCAUGAGCUACCCAGCCAUCAGUGGCAGGACAAUCCUUCAAGGUGUAACAUUUGCCAAUUUCAAUGACAAAUGUUCCUCUGGAGACAAGGUGAUCAUGACGAGCCCUCAAAGCGGCGAUGCCAUGCACCCCAUCGAAGUGGAAGGACUGACAUUUGUUGAUACUCCUACCAAGAAUUAUAUAUGGAUCCAUCGGCCAGCCCUUGGCCUGGUGAAUCCUUCUGAUUGUGUAGACAUGGACUGUGAUGCCAUGAAGAAAGCCAUGAUUAAAGAUCAUGAUGGGAGUCUGCUGGGAAGUCCAGGGACUGUUAUACCCGAUUCUGCUUUUGAGUGGGACGGGGAUCCAAGGCGUGGACUCGGAGACUACCGUAUUCCUAAGAUGAUGCUCACCACCCCAGAUGGUGCCAGGAUUCCAAAGGAUGAUAUCGCCCCUAAUAAUGGUAUCAUCCGUAAUGAUGAUUGCGAGUGGAAUAACAGAUGGCAGGCCUGGGAAUGCCAUGGUCUAGAUCACAUGAUGAUGAUUGUAGAAAGUAUGGAUGCAGACACCGAAGUGCGCCGUGUCUCUCCUGUUGCCCUUCAUGCUGAUGGUUAUGUGGAUCUUAUCAACGGACCUCAGGACCAUGGCUGGUGUCUUGGAUACACUUGCCAGGAGAGAAUCAGCACCUUCUACACCAUCGUGGCUACAGACAAGAAUUAUGAGCUCUUCUUCACAGGCACCAAUCCCCAGAGUCUUCGCUUCCAUCUGCUGAAUGCAAACGAGUCCCAGGCACUGACUGUCGGUAUAUGGUAUGCCAAUCCUCAGCGCCUGGACGUCUAUGUCGACGGACUCUACAUCAUUCCUAACAACGGACAGUACGUCAAUGGCGGGCUUCAGUGGAUUGCCCCAUCUCCAGGUAAUGACUUCAUGCCUUCCCUCAAUUCAAUGGUUCGUGGAGAGAACUACUUUGACCGUGAGUAUCAGACCCUCCACAUCCUUGUCCGAGGGUCUACCUACGUCGAGAUCAGGACCACCCCUGUAGUCAUCACAACCUUUGGCGUUCCUGCCGUUGAGGUCGAUGAUUUCUUUGAGGAGAAUCUGGUAGAGAACCUUGCCAACUUGCUGAACAUCGACCAGUCACAGAUUAGAGUCGUUGAGAUCAUUUCAGAGGCCAGCCGGAAAAAGAGGUCAACUGGUUCUGACACAGAAGUUGUCAUAGAAAUCGGAGCAAAUCCAGUUGCAUCUGUUUCUACUGAUGAUAACAAUGGAACAACUCCUGCUCCUUCUGGUACAGCGGCACCAACAGAGUUGAGCUUUGAUGAUCUGACCGAUGUCCAGGCCAUGCUUGCAGACGAGAUGCAGACUGGCAACCUUGGAGACAGUCUGGGAAUUACUAUUAACUCUAUGAGCAUGACUGACCCUGUGGACACUCCAAAGGAUCCUACAGGAGGUGUAAGGGCUACCAACAUGACUGGUGGACCAGCCAAUGGCACCACCACGUAUGCUGAACAGCAGGCAAUGGAGGAAGAGUUGGCCCUGGAAACUGUUGGUCAGCCCACAGUGUACGUUGUUGCUUCUACCAUGGUCCUUGAAGUACAGCCAGAUGAUGCCAUCGAGCAAAGUGAUUUCGGAAUCCAACCAAGGAUCAAGGUUCUUGAUAAUCAGGGUAACCGAAUCGACCAGCUGGGUACCCCUAACAGUCCAUGGCAGGUAACGGCAACCAUCAGCAGCAUGUCCUCUGAAGGCAACAUAGGAUUCACCUCCGACAACCAAACCAUUUCAUUCAACGGAGGCUGGGCCAACUUCACCGACCUUGGUGUCAACAUCAGUGCCACCGACCUAGUCCUCCAGUUCACCAUCACCUACCCCAAUACAUCCAGUCUGACUGUUAGCAGUGAGCCUUUUGAUGUGGAUGUCCAGCCAUAUCAUCUUGAGAUCAUCACGGAACCUUCUUCGGAUGUGAUUGAGAAUGAGCCAUUUGAGGUUAUUGUUGAACUAAGGGAGACACAGACCGGCGAUGUGCCCACGAAUCUAGCUGAUAAGGGCUUUGACUCCUGGCCAGUGACAAUCUCAAUUUCUGACCCUACCAAUUACCGAGGUGAACUCGUUGGUGAUCUCAGUACCACAAUGGAUCUGUCCACAGCACAAGCCUCCUUCACCCUCAGCAUCAACGGAGCCAGCUAUUACUACAUCCUUGAUAUAUCUGUAGUCACAUCACCCUCCAGCGCCUACCAGGCUAGCAUAAGUCUGGAUCCGUUCAAUGUCGUGGCUGAAAACACUGCCGUGAACUCUGGCGAGACUGCAUCGCUUACGAUCAGGUUCAACUAUGAUUAUUCUAGCAUUGCCGAGGGCAACGAGGAGCUGAUUGCUGCCAACUUCUUGAAUCACAUCGCUCCUAACUAUGUGAAUGCUACCUUUUCCAAUGUCCAGGUUUCAGAAGGAUCCAUCUUGAUCUCGUUUGACAUCACCGGCGACGUGGAGACCGUCCAGAGCCUGAUCUGGGAAGACAUCCUAGACGGUGACCUUAGCUUGACAUUUAACGGUCAAACCCUAUUGGCUGAAGAGUAUCUGAUGGUAGAUGGCGCCCCCUAUGAACCAACAUCAUCAUCAAGUGGUCUACCGAUCUGGAUCAUCAUAGUAGUGGUGGUAGUCGUUGUCGUCCUCGUUGCCAUUAUCAUCCUUGCAGUCUUUAUGGUCAAGAAAAAUAGCCAUGGUAAAAUAACUCAGAUGGAUGAGAUGCCUCUCGCUACCACUAAGGAGUAUGGUGAUAAUGGUGAUAUGAAGGUGAUGAGCUUCAUAGGUUCUGAGAGUAGUCUGGUUCAUCCAUCCCUGGCUCCUACCUUGCAUAUCGAUCGCACACCAACACCUGAUGAAGGAUUGGUCAACAAGCAUCUCCUGUUUGACGAUGAGACAGACAGCCAGCGUAGCACCUUGUCGGCUCGUAGCCGCUCACCAGGAUUGCACUUGGCUCGGAGAUCACCAGAGGUCGCUGUUAGUGCAUUGCCUCCUGGUUUCUUAGAAGGCCAGCUGGAGACUGAACUCGCCGAUCGCGUCAGACUCUUCAUCAUGGUGAAGAACUCGGACGGCACAUUCCAAAAGCUUGGCGAGGUCGCUGCCAACAUGGUCGGUACGAUCAGCCAGCUACGUCAUGAUCUCAAGGACACUGCUCUACCCCACAAGGUCAGGGACAAGCCUUUUGUUAUCCUCAAGGAAACACUGGCUGAGAUUCUACCAGGCGAUGAGAAGAAGCUGAUGGUUAACGAGGUCUACUCUUCCGAUUGUGUUCUCCUCAAAUGGGUCGACAAUGAAGACAUCACCCAGUUGUGUAUCUGCGGUUUGGUCGGCCAGUUCCAUUGCUCUCUCUGUCAGAAGCAGACGUACUGCAGUCCACAAUGUCAAUCUACCGACUGGCCUCGCCAUAGCUUCAAGUGUUCACAAUGGGCCACGGAAUGAUUCUAUGCAAAUAGUGAUUCAUAUAGUUAGGCAAUCUAAUUUGGUGAUGUGUGUGUGAACAUCACCAAUAGCUGUAUAAUGAGAACAAAAGUAUCUUAGCACUUUUUACAUUCAUGCGAAUUAUGUAUUUGACUUAAUGAUGUGUGUGAUCACCACCUUAGUGCUUCUUAAAGUUAGGCAGAUUUGCUUGAGUAACUUGAUGAAUAUGAUUGUGAUCACCACGAUUUGCAGUUUUGAUCACAGUUGGGCAAGAUUACUCUUGCUUUAUAAGUGUGUGUGAUCAUCAUUGAUUGCCUUGUAAGUUUGGAGAAAUUAUCCCUGCUUUAUAGAUGCGUGUCAUCAUCAGGUGUGCGUUGUACAGGUAAAAGUGUGAAUUCGUUGAUGUUUUUUAAUGAUCAUGAGUUUUAUACUAUGCAAAUAUUUCAUGCUUUUAACCUGAAUAAUCAUUACCGAUCUGAAUAUACACUUGAUAUUCAAGACUGCAGAUAUGAAAUGUUUGUUAGAAGCAUCACACAGAUUGCGCAAGAAUAAGUUUAUUUUGUUUUUACUUGAACAUAAUAUGGGAGGUAGAAAAUUAUUGGAAAGCCUAAUUUUACAAUGUGUGUUUUUUUAAGUCAAGCAUCUGGUCACCUAUUCAUGAUUACAUUUUAUGUAUACUUUGUGUCUGGGCAUGAUACCACUAUUUACGAGGCAUUUAUGAGGCAUACUUGCACUGUAACUUUUAUAGAAUGUGUAUAGACACUUGACCAAAUAUUUAUUGAACUUAUGUCUCAGAUUUCUUACAUAAAAUACAAACAAUACCGUCCAUAUACAUAGUCAUUCCAGACACAAUUAUCAAGAUGAAUAAAAAUUGUGUGUGUAUGUUUGUGAACAUAUGCUGUGGCGCUAGGCAGGGUUUCAGCAUUUGUCUUUGUAUUAAAGUCACUUGUACAUUCUGUCCAUUGUAAACGUAGUUUUAUAUCGAUACUUUAUGAAAGUAAGGAAUUAGUGUGUAUAGUUUGACCAAGGCAUUCAUAUGCUUAUAAUUUGAAUGAUGUGCUUAUAUGUUUUAAUGUUGUGUGGCAUUUUUAAACAUUCCUUUGUAAAUAAGUUUAAAAAGGGAGGAAAAAUAUAAGAGAACUUAUGAUGACCAUGAUAAUUACAUCGGUUGGAAGAGCCUUUUGAAUAAGCCAGAAUACAUUCAGACCCUAAAAAGUAGUUUUUUAACAUAUCUUUGCAAAAUUCUAAUUCUUAAAUGUUUUGGGAUUGUGGUUGUAGUAAUUAUUUUAUAAAGAUAUCAUGAGAAUGAUAUUCUCAUCUAUCAGUAGUCUAAAACUGUUGAACAUUAUAUUCAAAGGUACAUGUAUUUGCCUAUUACAUAUGUCCUUGUAUGUAAAUACGAGCUCACUUUUAGUAGAUGGAAUUAAAUUCUCAACACCAAUGUAGCUUUACAGUCUUUUUACAGAUCAAAUUAGUUUUUUAAGAAUGCUAAAUGUCAUAAACGAUUGACUGGGAUAUCGAGCUCAAUUUUAGUAUAUGCUCAUUAAUUCUGUUUGAUGUGCAGUGUCUUGAUUUUUAACUAAUUUUCAUUAGGGCAAAAAGUAAAAAAAAGAAAAAAAAAACAAUUUAAUAUGAUAUAAGAGAUUUGUAUGAACUGAGGUAUAACUUGAGUUGUUCAGAUCACCAUUGAUUUCUUUCUUUGAAUUAAUACUGAAGUAUCAUUCACUUUUUGAACAAUAUUUUUAAACUUUAUUUUUAUGAAAAGAAAAAAAUGAAAUGAAAUCAUUACAUUUUGGUGAAAAUGAUGAUUUUUUAUCAAAUUUUAAAUUAUAAAUUUUAAUUUCUUGAAUGAUUCAACAUAAUAGUUUUUUAAGGUCACUAAGACAAAAUAAAAAUGAUAGCUAUUCACAAAGAAGUGAUUAUU